GCGGCACGGAGCCGAGACGGCGGCCCCCGGAGCGAGAAGGACGGGGUCGGGACCCCGCUCGGUGGCCGGGCCCGGGCCGGGGUCCGGGCUGACCGACAGCAGCUCGGAGGUGUCGGACUGCAGCGCCUCGGAGGAGGCGAAGCUGCUGUCGCUGGAGCUGGGGCUGAGCGGCAGCGAUGGCGAGUCCCCGGGCAGCGCCCCGCCGCCGCCGCCCUCGGCCGGAGAGGCGUCGCCGCUGCCCGAGGAGCCCUCGGCCGCCUCCGUGGCCAGCAGCCGCCUGCAGCUCAGCACCUCGCUCGCCUUCUCCGACCUCACCGAGGAGCUGCUGGACGCCGGCACCGACGGGCUGCUCCGCGAGCUGGAGGAUCUGCGCUCCGAGAACGACUAUCUCAAGGAUGAGAUCGAGGAGCUGCGCGCUGAGAUGCUGGAGAUGCGGGAUGUCUACAUGGAGGAGGACGUGUACCAGCUGCAGGAGCUGCGGCAGCAGCUGGACCAGGCCAGCAAGACCUGCCGCAUCCUGCAGUACCGGCUGCGCAAGGCCGAGCGCCGCAGCCUGCGCGUGGCACAGACCGGCCAGGUGGACAGCGAGCUCAUCCACAGCCUUGAGCAGGACGUCAAGGUGGCCAAGGACGUCUCUGUGCGUCUCCACAAUGAGCUGGAGGUGGUGGAGAAGAAGAGGAUCAGGCUGGAGGAGGAGAACGAGGACCUGCGCCAGCGGCUCAUCGAGACCGAGCUGGCCAAGCAGGUGGUGCAGAACGAGAUGGACAAACUCCGAGAGAACUCCCUGAAGAAGCGGGGGUCUCGCUCCAUGGGCAAGACUGAGAAGAAGCUGUCAGUGCAGGAGGACAGCGCAGACCUGAAAUGCCAGCUGCACUUUGCCAAGGAGGAGUCAGCCCUGAUGUGCAAGAAGCUGACCAAGCUGGCCAAGGAGAACGAUGGCAUGAAGGAGGAGCUGCUGAAGUACAGGUCCCUGUACGGGGACCUCGACAGCUCCCUCUCCGUGGAGGAGCUGGCUGACUCUCCCCAUUCCCGGGAGGCCGAGCUGAAGGUCCACCUCAAGCUGGUGGAGGAGGAAGCCAACAUCCUCAGCAGGAGGAUAGUGGAGCUGGAGGUGGAAAACCGCGGGCUGCGGGCGGAGAUGGACGACAUGAAGGGCCAGGGGGACAGGGAGCUGCCGGGGCAGGACUCGCGGUUCCUGGUGGGCGUCUCGAGCUGCGGGGACGCGGGGGACACGGUGGCAGAGCUGCGCCGGCACCUGCAGUUCGUGGAGGAGGAGGCCGAGCUGCUGAGGCGCUCGCUGCUGGAGCUGGAGGACCAGAACAAGCUGCUCCUGAACGAGCUGACCAAGUACAAGUCGGACCACGAGCUGGACGUGACGCUGUCGGAGGACAGCUGCUCGGUGGUCAGCGAGCCCUCGCAGGAGGAGCUGGCCACGGCCAAGGUGCAGAUCAGCGAGCUCAGCGGCAAGGUGAAGAAGCUGCAGUACGAGAACAGGGUGCUGCUCUCCAACCUCCAGCGCUGCGACCUGGCCUCCUGCCAGAGCACCCGGCCCAUGCUGGAGACCGACGCCGAGGCCGGAGACUCGGCACAGUGUGUCCCCACCACCGGCUGGAGGGACGGGAUGGGCGGCAGCGAGGCCGACGGGCAGGACAGGGGGAUGGGCAGCGGGAAGGUGCCCGAUGGCCCCGCCAAACUGCUCAAGCCCAAGGACCUGGAGACCUUGCUGGGCAUCCGGGACCAGGCAACUCUGGUCAGCAAAGCGAUCGAUGUCUUGAUUUCGGACGCCAAUGGGUUCACCGCGGGGCUGAAGGCGUGCUUGGACAACGAGUGUGCGGGGGUGCUGCUGGGCGAGGCGGUGGGCAGCGGCGGCGACAGCCCCAGCGAUGCCAAGCUGAUGAAUGUGCUGCUGAUGCGGCUGGGCGUGCUCCAGCAGGACCUGGGCUGCUUCGUGAGGAAGGUGGACCACCUCACCAGCGGCUUCAAGGAGCACACGGACUCCUUCCCCUUCUCCAGCCCCAGCAGCCAUGACAUCACCAAAGAGGGGCUGCAGAAGGAGCAUGCCUCUGACUUCCAGCAGCCUGAUUUUAGGGACGCCGACCCUUUCCGCAUCCCCCACACCAAGGACACGGACCCCGCCCAUCCCCGGAGCUACAGAACCUGCCGGGCCGAGGAGAACGACUCCUACGCCACCGAGAUGAAGGAGCUGCAGCUGGUGCUGUCAGAGGCCAACGAGAGCCUGCGGGGGCUGCAGGAGCAGCUCUCACAGGAGAGGCAGCUGAGGAAGGAUGAGGUGGACAACUUCUCACAGAAGAUCUGCCAGCUGAAGGAGGACCAUCAGAAAGCACUGCUGCGACGGGAGUUCGAGCUGCAGAGCCUGAACCUGCAGAGGCGGCUGGAGCAGAAGUUCUGGAGCCAGGAAAAGAACCUGCUGGUGCAGGAGUCACAGCAGUUCAGGCAGAGUUUCCUCCUGCUCUUCAUGAAGCUCAAGUGGUUCCUCAAGCGCUGGCGCCAGGGCAAGGUGGUGCACAGCGAGGGCGAGGACUUUUUGGAGGUGAACAGCAUGAAGGAGCUGUACCUGCUGCUGGAAGAGGAGGAGCUAGCCCCGCAGCAACAGGCAGACAACAAGAUGUGUGCCGGGGACACCUGGACCCCCAACACGCCCAACGAGUGCAUCAAGACUCUGGCAGACAUGAAGGUGACCCUGAAGGAGCUGUGCACGGAGCUGCGGGAGGAGCGGCGCGGUGCCAGCGAGCUGCAGCAGCAGUUCACCAAGGCCAAGGCUGCCUGGGAGAUGGAGCGUGCCGAGCUCAAGUGCCACAUCGCCCAGCUGGAGUCAAAGGCAGGCAAAGGGAUCGCGGAGCGUGCGCUGCCAGACUGGAAGGUGGCACUGAAGAGGGAGCGUGAGGAGCACCAACACCUCCUGGCCGAGUCCUACAGCGCUGUCAUGGACCUCACCAAGCAGCUGCAGAUCAGUGAGAAGAACUGGAACCAGGAGAAGGUGGAGCUGCUGGCUCGCUUCAAGGAGGAGCAGCAGCAGGCAGAACAGCAAGCGAAGGACCUGCAGAACAAACUUAACCAGUUGCAGAAAGGAUCCAGUCCGUGGGCAUUGAAGCACUCUGAAAUGGAGAAGCACGGCAGCAACUGGAAAGAGGCUCUCAAUGAGAAAAUCACAGACAAGGAGACAAUCUCUGAAGCAGAAGCCAAGGGAACCAACCUCAAAAGGACCAAGUCUGUUUCCUCCAUGUCAGAGUUUGAAAGCUUGCUCGACUGUUCUCCCUACCUCCCUGGAAAGACCGUGCCAGGGCUGGGUGACCAUGCCCGGGGCAAAAAGGCAUCCUCAACCACCCAGAUGCUGCCCAACGGGAUCCGGGACAGCGCCGGCCUUCCUCCCUCCAACUGUACAUAUGUGAAUAUCGAACAACCUGCCCCUGACAGCCUGGUCAAAGAGAAGCUGGGCAUCUCCUCCUGGGACUACUCACAGGCAAGCAGCCUCUCUGGGCACGACCCAGCUCAGAAACAAAUCCAGAGGAGCUACACGGCGCCCGACAAGACUGGGAUCCGCAUCUACUACAGCCCACCGGUGGUGCGGCGGCUGGAGGCGCCUCUGGUGCACAACAAGGAGGGCAAGAUCAUGAUCGAGCCCGGAUUCUUGUUCACCAUGGCCAAGCCGAAGGAGCCGGAGGAGUCAGCCAGCGCCGAGGGCACCUACAGCCAGUGGCUGUGUAACUUCUCCAAGCAGCAGCAGGAGCUGCUGGACAGCGGCACGGGGGAGAGUGCGGUGCCGCCGGUGCCACGCUUCCCCCCCUCGCUUCACGACCUGGAGAUCUCCGGCAACAUGAGCGACGACAUGAAGGAGAUCACCAACUGCGUGCGCCAGGCCAUCCGCUCCAGCUCGCUCGAGAGGAAGGUGAAAAGCACCUCCAGCCAGACGGUGGGGCUGGCCCACGUGGGCACACAGACCAUCCAGACGGUGAGCGUGGGCCUCCAGACCGACCUGCCCCGCGGCGCCGGCGUGCACGGCAAGAGCUGGUCCCCGCGCAGCUCCUCCCUCGUGUCUGUGCGCAGCAAGCAGAUCUCCUCCUCCCUGGAUAAGGUCCACUCCAGGAUCGAGCGGCCAUGCUGCUCCCCAAAAUACGGCUCUCCGAAGCUCCAGAGGAGGUCUUCCUCCAAGCUGGACACCUCCAAGGACAGGAGCCUGUGGAACUUGCACCAGAGCAAGCAGAACGGCUCUGCCUGGGCCCGCUCCACCACCACCCGCGACAGCCCCGUCCUCAGCAACAUCAACGAUGGCCUGUCCAGCCUGUUCAGCGUGGUGGAGCACGCGGGCAGCACCGAGUCUAUCUGGAAGCCGGGCUGUCCUGAGAGCAGCCGGGCCAAGCCCGAAGCACCCAAGUACGGCCUCGUGCAGGAGUUCUUCAGGAACGUCUGCGGGCGGGCGCAGAGCCCCACCGCCCCCCAGGAGAAGAAGGAGGGCACUGGGGAGGAGAGCAAGAGAGCUGAGCACCUCAGCCCCACCACCCACCACCCAGCCGAAAACAUCUCCCGUGUCUUGAACAAGAAGGUCCUCAAGCAGGGCAGCUGCGAGGACCCCAAGCCCUCGUCCCCUGGCCAGGGCAGUAAGGACGCAGCCCUGCGGGACCCCGAGCUCAUCUCGGCCAUAGCCAGCGAGGACACGGCGUGUGACUGCAGCUCCCAGUCCCUCACCUCCUGCUUUGCCCGGCCUUCCCGCUCCGCGCUCCGCCACUCCCCCUCCAAGUGCAAACUGCACCCCGCGGACCCCCCCAGGGCGGAGGAGAAGCCGGGGGCCUCGAGUGAGUGAGGACGGGGGCCCGGGGGACACAGCGUGCCUGCCAUCCACUGUCCUGCCGGAAGAGCGCCCGCGCUGAGCCCGCGGGGCUCCUCUCGGAGGCGGCACGGGCUCAUCUGUCUCCUAAACGUCCCCUCGGCCCCGGGGACGCUUACGAAGCAGAUGUGGAGCCGGAGGCUGCCGGUAGCCUCGGGCUGCAGGCACACCCUGCCAGGGUGGCUGCAUCACCCGCUGCCAGCGCGCCGGGAAUGAAAAAUGAGCCCCUGCUGUGCCGAGGGCUGGCGGGCGCUGAGACAUGGAGAGCAGCCGGGGAGGCUGCUGGAGUCAGGCUCAGCAGGGCCGCUGCAGGGAAAGGCUGGCUGAGGCCUGGUGCCCCUGGCUGGAGGGUGCUGGCUGCGGCUGUGCCAGCGCUGCCCGCCCUGCCUGGGCUCCGGAGCAUCCUGCCAGCAUCCUGCCAUCAACCCACCGGCAUCCUGCCGGCAUCCCGCGGGCCCGAUUGCCGCGAGGUUGCAUCAGCCGCGGGCCGCGUGUGCUUCCCCGGCAGGAAGGAGGUGGGAGGCUCCCUGUGGUCACCCAGGCUGGGCUGGCUGGGGGCCCUCCCCGGCCACCCUUGUGCUCUGGGGGUGCUGCUGAGGCCCUUCGCUGCUGGGAAGGGCCCGGGUGGUCCCCGGGCUCCUCCAGCUGCAGAGCAGGGAUCGCUGGGUGCACAGCGUGGGGAGAGGUGGCUUGUGUGCCUCUGUGUGUGUGUGCACAUCCCCUGCUCCCAAGGGGCCGUGCUGCCCCUGCCUUGCACCCAACUCCCUGCUUGGGGCCACUUGUAGUUAUUUCUCCUCCAAGUGCUGAAUAUACAUAUUUCUCUUUUUUAUUUUUUUUCCUUUCUCUCUUUUUUAUUUUUUUUUCUUCCCCUCCACUUCUGGCUCUGCCCAACUCCGGACAGCCUGCAAUGUAAAACCAAGUGCAUUUUAAAAAUACCGAAAUGAGCUACAUUGGAGAGGCACCAAUUGGAUUAAGAGAUUGUGGGUUGGGAGGCUGCAGCGUGGCCCGCGGUCUGCGCCGCACAUCCCUCCAUCACCACCAGAAAAAGCCUUACCCAGGGAGGGAGGGGGCAGCAGCCACGGCCCCCACGGCACUGCACAGCUCCUGGGGCUGGGGGACCAGCCCCACACAGAGCAGCCUUGGUGCCUCUGUGCAGCUCCAGCAGAGAACAGAGAUUUCUGAGGCAGCUGCCUGACCUAUUUUCGAGCUGCCUGCCAGGGGCCAGGCAGGGAUUCACCCAAGUGGAGCUGCCUUCAGGUGCCUGGGGCUCAAUGCAUUGCUGUGGGGCUGUGUGCCUUGUUCUGGGGGCUCUGUACACUCCUCCAAGGGCUCUGCAUUGCCCCAGGGGCUCUAUCCACUGCUCCAAGGGCUCUGAAAUGCCCCAGGGGCUCCAUCCACUGCUCCAAAGGCUCUGCAUUGCCCCAGGGGCUCCAUCCACUGCUCCAAGGGCUCUGCAUUGCUCUGGGGCUCUGUACAGUGCACCAGGAGCUCCGUACACUGUUCCAAGGGCUCUGUGCAUUACUCCAGCAGCUCUGUACACCACUCCAAGGGCUCUGUGCAUUGCUCUGGAGCUCUGUACACUGCUUCCAGGGCCUCUGCACAUUGUCAUCUGGCAGUUUUUCUUAAGAACUGCUGGUGCUGCCGAGGCUGCUGCCCUCUCCUGUCCGGCCGCUCGCUGCCCGCAGCAGCUGCUGCAUCACUGCCACGUCGCAGCCUCCGUCAGCAUCUCCACGACAGCCGCUCACUGCCUGUGUCUCCGGACACACCAGCAUCAGCCAGGGCCCAGCAGCCCCAGCACCUAUGGCCUUUUGCUCCUGCGGCCCCUGGGGGACCAUUGUCACCCGGGUGGGGGACACUCAGGGCAGGUGCUGCCCACCCUCACCAGCAGCCAGGGCCAGGCUGUGUCCCUGCCUGCCACGGAGGAGUCGGGUCCAGCACUGCCACGGGCAAUCUCCUGCUGUACAUAGAUCCUUUUGAGGUGAUUUUUAGCAUUUUCAUGGAUAAUUGGGGUUUUGGUUUGGUUUGUUUUUUUUAAAAGACUCUCUACUUUUUGGAAUGUGGUUUCUCAUUUUUACAACUGCCUUUUAAUUAUUUGUAAUAUUGGUCAGUUCUGUCUUACUCUGUAAAUAGUGGUGCUGGGCAUUUCCCAGGGGUGCUGAGAUGAGGCUGGCAAGGAAUUUGUGGGGAAAAUUUGCUUAAGGUGCGGAGAUGGCUGAUUCCACUGCAGUCCCUCCAUGGAUUCUGCCCCUGUCCACAUGCCAGUACCCAGCCUGGGGUGAAACCCGAGCUGUUUUGGGUAAAGCCACUCUUGCCCCUGCCCUGUCCUCCUGCUUCCUCUCACCAGCCCAUGCCAAUGUCGCAUGAAGGGCACCUCCUGCCCCGAUGACAGGCUCUCUGCCCACCCCAUCCUGCACCCCUGUGUCAUGCCUGCUAGUUGUGUGAUGAAUAAAGGCCCUGCAACCC